CCACACUGGAAUUUUGGGAAUUUCGUGUCGUGAAAAACCCCAUUUUGGGAAACAAUUAAUUGCAAAACUGGCUCAAUUGGGAAAAAUAAUCGCAUGUAAUAAGUGUUUCUUAUAUUUCAAAGAAGCCAUUAACUGGUAAAUAACGACUAUUUUGAUAACAUAUUAUUAAAAUUUUACAAAAUAUUAUGAAGAUGUGUGAUAAAUGCAGGUUUUUAUGUUACCUAUGUUCUGGGGGCAUAUUAAAAUCGCACCGUCCGUCAGUCCGUUAGUUAGUUAGUCCAUCCGGAUUAGUUUCCGGUCAUUAAGUUAAGCAAUUGUCAUCAGAUCUUCACCAAACUUAAUCAAAAUGUGUAAGGCAAUAACAUAUAGGUCAAGUUUGAUAAUCGGCCAAAUUGACCCACACACUCCUGAGUUACGGCCCUUGAUUCAUCGUAAAAUUGGGUUUUUCCUCGUUUCCGCUCAAUAACUUGAGCAAUUGUCAUCAGAUCAUCAAUUGGGGAAAAAAACAACCAGAUUUGCAUUGGGAAUGGGGCCGAAUUUCGAACCCGUGGCAUAGGGAGAAAAAGGCCUGAGCGAGGAAUAAAAUGUUGACAUGCAACAUUUGAGGCUUUGGGUCACCUCUGUGACAACCUGUAUUGAUUCAGGCUGACCUUAAUAAAUUGUUUGUUUGGAGUUACCCGACCGACUCACUGAAAUGCCCGCGACUCGAUUUUUUUUUAGCCUUCCAGGAGUCUUUUUUUUUUCAUUCACGAAAACCGGCCAUCAAUUGUAUUUUCGGUUCCCUCGUUUUUUCUUUCCGCUUAUUUAUCUUUGAUCCUAAAACGCUUGAUUUAGGUGCGCUUCGGAUUUUAUCGUCAAUUUCCACACGAUUGCUGAAACAUGGCGUCGUUGAAGUCAUUGUCGGAAGACGACAAAAUAUCUUUCUGCGUAUCUGUCAAUUUGCAAUUUUCCCUCCUUCCUCCCUGAUCCUAUGCUGAAGCCAGACAAGGAACACCACAAACCACUUGUUGAUGUUCUCGGCUGUGAGACAACCGAAGCUGACAUGCCAUCUGGAAACAUCAUGACUGUAGCUAAAACUUUGAAAAAGCUCCAGGUUUGUCCCAAUACAGUGCUUGUGGUGCAGAAUGUAUGCAGCACUGUCUCAUGCUUCAAGUGUGACAAGCCGCGGUGUAUCUAUAGCAAAAAGGCCCUCAUGACAAGGGAGGAAAGGUGCCUGAAACGCCUGCUUGAGAAAUACACAUACAGCUGUGGUCCAGUCAUAACACCUGAUGGUGAUUCACUGCAAGGGAAGGUAUUUGUGCGCCUUCAACUGGGCUGUAGGUCCCCAUUGAGAAGACGUACUACUCUUCACACUUGGCCAUCAAUAAAGACUUGUGUUUUCAUUGUGGCAUAAGUGAAAACACAGCACGUGAUGAGGAGGCCGUUGCAGCUUACCGUGUGGUGUUCCCAAUUUGCAACCCAUGCAAGGCUCUGGGAAAA